CCCCUUCGACUGACGAUUAGAAGUUUUUGAAACCUUUUCCCAUGCGUGCAUCUUGAUACCCUUCGUUUUACUACUUCACUACUUCAGCACUUCACGCAUUAUCCGUGAAGUCUUCAAUUCUAAUCGUUUGAUAUUUUCGUUCUCUUUUUUUUAUUUUUCAUUUUUCCUUUUUCUUUCCCGUCCCCGUCGAGGUGUGUGGUGCGCCUCCCCCUAUUAAUUCCAUACCCUGGAAAGUUGAAGUUUUCCCGGCAGAGAAUAUCUCAAUCAUACCCAUCGUACCCAUCAAUAUCCCCGUCUGAACGGUGUCGGUGUCGAGCAAUAACAAUUUGAUAUUAUUACUACUUGAUACCCAACCCAACCCCCACCCCAGUGUGCGCAACUUGGUCCAAGUCCCCCAAGUCGUCUAUCGUCUACCGUCUUUCUCUUCAAACAUCUUAUGCGUUAGCCUGUGCCAGACCUCCCACUAUCAAAACACCCACUCGGCUAUCUAUUUCCAAGAUUCUUCAAUCUCUAGACGUGUCGUCUCGUAUCCAUCUACAUAACUACCUCCUCACAACCAAUCACCAUGCCGAGCCUCUUCUCGAGAAUAAGGGGCAAGGAUGGAGCGAAACUGAAGUCGAAAAAGAACGCCCAUCUUAACGACUUGACGCAUCAAUUGUCCAACAAGCCGCGCUGGGAAGAUGCAUACACGCGAACAACCAUCGAGCCAGAAGAAGUCCAAGAACUAAUCAAGAUUUGUACAGAGGAGCUUAAAGCAAGAGCUCUCGAUCUACCCUUUCUUCUUCUCCCAUUCCGCCCAACUUCUGACCCUAGCGCUGUACGCACCUUUAUCCGCCACUUUUUCGAUGGCAACCAAAACUUGCGCGGUGAAGCCCUCCUGCAGGAGCUACGGAUGACCGAGCCUAUGGUUAUAUCCGGUGUUCUGAAAUGGUGCUGGAGCAGACUACAGGGUGGCAUCGUGGGAUGGGAUGCCUACGAGCUAUUCAAGGUUGGAGAGCAAGACUCGAGCAUGGCGCGCGACUCCUUCUCGACUUUUAUCCCAUUAAGCGUUGAGAACCAGGCAAGAUCCCAAAUCAUCUUCAACUAUUUUGAUUUACUCUCCGCCAUCGCAGCUCAUGGCAAAUCCAAUGGCUUUGGUGGCCGUAAACUGUCUCGUAUGGCGGCAUGGUGGGCCUUCGACCAUAAGGAUGCCGGUAACGGUUUUGAAGGCGGGUACAAAUCGUGGUUGAGCGCUGCUGAUGCUACGAGCCACAUGUUCUUUGCCUACUUGAGAUCCUUAUCUCCCCAGCAAGCUCGUGCGGGCAUAUCCAUGCUCCCGAUGUCCCUGCAGAAACUCCUGCAGGAAACCGAGUAUCCCCCGCAAACUCCGUCGUUAUUGAUGUCAUCUACCUACAAGGUUGUCAUGAUUGUUGAUACCGUAUCACCGACACCAUUUGCACUCCUGCGCCGUGCUAACCAUUUCCAAUAUCGCGAUGAAGAUCAAGCGCUUCGUGAAUUUUCCGAAUUCGAGGAUCCCGUAAAGGCUCUAACUGAAGAAUGCCGCAGAGUUCUCAAAGCGAUUUCUCUCGCAAAUCAAUCUCAGGUUUCUAGCUCGAAGCACUCAACUAGUCUACGAGAUGCUUCAUGGUCGCGAUUCGAGGAUAUCGGUUUUGGGGAUACCUUAGAAGAGGAGGAAGAGGAUGAGGAGACAGUUAAGAUUAACCAGAUUCGAAAUCCACGCGGGCUACGAACCACCCCGGCAUCAGGUGGAAACCUUGGAAGACCAACUACACCCUCUUGGGCCGAUUUCCUGUCUUCCGGUUUCGUCGAUGAUGCGCCGAAUAGUCCGUCGAACCUCUUGCUACCACCAGAUAAGAUCCUGCCACCUAUCGAGACGGUUGUCCGACAACGUAGUUCGCAAUCGCACCGCCCACGAUUGGAAAGCACGACUCAGCUGGAACCCGGUGAAUUAGCUAGCAUUAGUCGAUUUGACCUCGAUGACGCGUUUUGGUGGGUGUGGAUGAGCAGUUUGGCCCCCGAGGAGACUGCUGAGCGUAAAUCUGCGUUUGGAAGAUGUUCCGUAGUCGAGACGCUCAUCCGCCAAGGCCGGUGGCUUGUGAUGGAAGAGAUGGUGAAAGGUGCCGCUCCGGAACCUGGUGCGAAUGCCUAUAUUGCAGAGAAGAAAGGCUUCUUCAGUUGGACUAGGCGUGGACGAGGCGUGUCCCGAAGCAAAUCAACCUCGAAACCGAUUGCCGGUGGCCAGUCGAACCCUGGUACUGUUACUGGUGCUGGUUUAAGCAAGACCAGCAUUGGACCCGACCAGCAUGCGAAGAUUCAGGCGGCCGCGCAAAAACUUCAAGCUAAACAGCUCCAGGAACAACAAACACUCCCAAAGGCGGAAAGGCGUGGACGUACGGAUGCCGAUGUUCUCAAGGAAAAGACCAACAGCAUUCUUACCCUACAGCCGGGCGUGGUGAACGUGGCCUCUCCGGCUAUGAAGUGGGCGAACAAGUACGACAAGGAAGCUAUUCGUGAGGCGUAUCUCGGCAACGCCUUUGCCGGUCGUGGUAUAUCACAAACAUCCCUUCAGUUGCCUAGCCAUCCACCAGCGAACGGACUCGUGACAAAUGGCAGUAGCCUAAAGCUAGAAGCAUCAGAACAUGCUCCAUCUCCGGCCGUUGCCCCGCCGCCCCCACCACCGCAACCGCAGGCGCAACCCGAACCCGAACAAGAAUCCCCGGUCAUGAUCACACCUGUUGCGACUUCGCCACCGGUCGCGGAAAAGAAGCUUGAAGCUCCGCAGGGAAUUCACCCCGCAGAGCGAUCAGGACCCACGGGUAGAGAUUCGCCUUUGCCCCCACCUCCGCGUGAAGAGAACUUAGAAGCUGCUCGGGAAAAUAUGCUUUCCCCGGUACCGAGUAGCCCUGAGAAUAAGAAGCACAAAAAGCUCCACAAGGAUGACAAGAAGACCGGCGGAUUUAGAAAGUUGUUCGGCCGAAACAAGAAUCGACAGUCCAAGUUGCCCGAGAAUGCAGCCACCGACAUCAAUAGCUUCCUUGCUUCGGAACCAUCGCAGAUAGCGCGAAGUGCUUCGCCAGCGCAGAAACCUCAACCGGUUCCUGUUGAGUCAGCUUUAGAGGCACCGGAAGAACGACCGGAAGAAAAGACGCCUACGCAAACACCGGUCACGCCGGUGCCCCAAAAGUCAUCCUACGACCCAUCUAUCGAUGACAACCUGUCUCGCGUUGAUACCGCAGAGGCCGCAGAGGCUCAUCAUGAGUUCUCUCGUUUCGACCAAGGGCCGCUCGUAGAGCAACCUGCCUUUGUCCCUGACGAGGAUCAGAGUGUUGAUUCGGCCGCACCGCCGCCGAUUGCUAGACAUCCCAGUAACCACCCCCCUACCGACGAAGACGACGAUGCGGGCGCACCGUCACCCUCCGUCCCGAUGCAAGAUCGAUGGGCUGCUAUUAGGAGGAACGCAGCCGAUCGCGCCGCACGACAGAGUGAGGAGCAGAGUCGGGGUGCGUAUAGCAAGACCACGGAUGGUGAUGACGACACCAGUGGUGAAGAGACUAUUGAAUCUCGUGUAGCUCGAAUUAAGGCCCGCGUUGCCGAGUUAACCGGGAAUAUGGAUGGUGCCGCUGGACCCGGAACGCCUCCUAGUCGCCGCUAGGGGCGGUAUUUUAGAUGAAGACUUGGGUACGAAACAAUACGGAUAUCAGCAUUAAACAUUCGCCUACAUCAUUUCGCCUAGAAGCCAUGGAUUCCAGAUGCAUUCUUCCCUUUAGUAGCAUUUGGCACGUGUCAAAUGUUCCUUAAUACAACCAACCAGCCUUGUGCGCUUUUUUUUCUAUUUCAAUGAUACCACUGGAACA